AUGGAUCUUGAAGCAGAAGACGUUGAUAAAUACAUUUUUUCACCAUCAUACGGCUCUUACGCAAAUAACAUCGACAUGUGCUAUCGGAUCCUGGCGUUGGAAGACAGGGUUAUCGUCAUCACUCUUGAACACGUGGACCUUGAGGACCAGUCCGGCAACUGUGUAGACUAUCUAGAUAUACUGGACGGCGAUCACUCCCGCAGUGCGUCAUUAGGACGGUUUUGUCAGGUUAACUCCACCAUCAUCCAGACAACAUCUGACGAGGCUUACCUACGUUUCCGCACUGACCAACAAGUGACAAGAACAGGGUUUAAACUCCGCUACCGACAAAGCGCGGACACGGAAGUUUCCAUGCUGACUCCAGCACUUGCAGGGGUCGCAGGAGGAAUUGCUCUUAUCUUGAUAGUCUUGUGCUGUUGUUGUCUUUGUCCUAAAAAGCAUAAAGUGACCAACAGAGAUGCCUCCGCCGUACACCCUAUCCAGCACUACAGCACAGAGGACCAAUCAAGAUCCUACAGACAAAGCGGCGACAGAAUCUCACGACCACGAAUUUGGGAGGAUCGACAAAACACAAACAUUUAUCAUGUUGUACUUCGGCCAAACAGAGUAAAGCAGGAACGGAUAAUCAAAAGGACGAAUGUGGAACCGACUAAACCUCCUGUUUACGAGGAAAAAGACACAUCCCCCGAAAAACCUCCUGCGUAUGAUGAUCUCAUGGAAGAUGAAUUCUCCCGAAUCAUUUCCCCGCCACCCUCGUAUAGAGAGCACGAACAAGGGGACAUAACUCUCCCUAUGUCUCCUCCUCCAGCAUAUCCAAUCACCCCUUCUCCAGCGCCAGCGGGACAUCAUCUACAACUAUAA